CCCAACGCCAUCGGCGCCAUCGUCGGCGGGGGCAGCAGCAGCAGCGGCAGCAUGAGCGAGAUGCCGGGCCCCCUCCCCAAGAAAUACAAAGGCGCCGCGUUCCGCGUCACGGCGAUCAUGUGCGCGCUGCCGAUUGCGGUGGUGACGGGGUACGAGCUGUACGGGCGAUUUUUCCAGGGCAAGGAGAGGAAGAUUCUCCCGCGCAUCGAGCCGCUGCCCCCAGCCAUGGCCGCGGCGGGGGUGACGCCGACGCCGCCACCGCCGCCGGCUCCGUCGCCUUCGAAGGAGGAGUAGUUUGUCUAUAUCUUUCUGUGCCAAACCCCCUCGCCGGCCGACCCAAAAAAACAAAAAACGCAAGAACGCAUUCAAAAAAGGCGAAUACGUCACGUAUAUAAAAGGAUAUCUCCCCACCUCCCCAAAACCCAACCAGCGAACGAACGAAGUCAACGAGAUGACGGUAAUGUAUAUCAAACCACGAAUUUUGCAUAAAGGGGUUUGCCAUUCCGCAUGUGGAACGAAUGGCUUUGAUGUUAUCGUAACUUGUACUAUAUAUAUAUAUUCUACGAAAUCUGUAGAGACGUCUUGUAUAUACCACCACCCACACCCCCAAUCGCAGCUAUAUCCAUCUUU